AUGGAAGAACUUUCUAAUAAAAUUAUACAACAAUUAGAACUUUUAGAAGAUAAUUCAUUAAAUACAUGGAACGCUGCUGAUGAACAAUUAACAAAAAUAUUCUCUAAAUAUUUAUUUUCAAAACCAUUUCAAUCAAUUGCAUAUAAAUUAUUAUUGAACUAUUUUAUUUCAAAUUAUAAAGAGAAAACUAAAUCAAGUAAGUAUGCUUUUGUUAAAUUAAUGCUAAUGACAAAAUAUACUCAAAAAGAAAUUGUUAUUAAUGAUAUUGAACAAUUAUGGGAAGUUAUCAUUAAUAUUUAUGAAAGUCAAAAUACUUCAUUAUUAGAAACUAUUUCUCCUUAUUUAAUAGACCUUUAUAAUUUCUCUAUAACUUCUCAUUCAAUUGUAAUGAUACUUAGAAAUUAUACUAAAUUAAAUUAUCUUAUAACUCCAAUUCAAUUAAAUAGAAAAUCAAAUGCUUUAUUUUAUUGUAUCCUCAUUCAUCAUCAAUCAAAUACUAUUCAUCUUACUUCUUCUAUUCAACAAUUCUCUCAAUCUAUUGAACAAAAUAUUCAAAAUAAAACAUUAGACCUUUUUUUAUUAUUUAUAAAAGAAUAUAUAUCUCUCUUUUCUUCAAUGAAUUGGAUUAUUCAUGACUCAAUAAUUAUUUCAAUACUUAAUUUUAUUGAAUCAAUUCUUAAUAAAAAAGAUAGUAUUCCACCUGCAUUGGUUCUUACUUCUAUUGAAAUCAUUCAAAAUACUUUAUGUCUUGUACAAAAUAUUGAUAUAAAAGAAUCCCUUAUAAAUUCUCUUUUAAUAAUGUUUAAUUCAAUUAGUCAUAGUAAUAUCAUUGCAUCUUGUUAUAAUACUUUAGUUUUACUUCUUCAAUUAUCACCUACUCUUUGUCUUUCUAUUUUUGAACAAAAUAAAGAAUUAGUGUAUAGUAUUUAUCUUCAUCUUCCUCAAUGUGAUAGACAUCUUUACAUUCAUUCAAUAAAUUUAUUAACACAAUUAUGUGAAACUUAUCAACGAUAUUUAUCUUAUGAAACUUUUUUAAAAGUACUUCAAACUUCAUCAACAAAAUAUUUAGAUUAUUACAUUCCUAAACCAUCAGAUUCAACAACUAUUAUUGAUUGUUUAUAUUUUAAUGCAAUGAAACUCAUUAAAUCUUUUGCUACAUCAUCUUCAAUUCCAGACUCUUUACUUAAUAUAUUUACCUCAAUAAAAGCUAAUACACCUUGGCCUUCUAAAGUAAAUUUUUUAAAUACCUUAUCUUCAUUACCACUUUUCCUUGUUACUCCUCAGCGUCUUUCUCAUUUGUAUGAUUUGGCUGAUUUCUUCCUUGUCGAUGUUGACCAACGUGUUAUUACAGCAGCAGGAAAAACAUUCAGUACUUUAUUUUCUGUCUUGCCUUUGUCUUCUAAAUCUCGAAUAAUAACCAAACAUAUUCAACAGUUAAUAAGUAGACCAGAUAUAUAUACCAGAGGAAGUAUCUGCUUUAUUAAAAAUAUGUUAAAAAAUCAACCAACAUUAUUAAGUCUGUCUCAAAGUAUUAAAUUAAUUUCCAUAGUCUUAUUUGCUUUGGAACAUUCUCAAUGGAAAUGUGAUAUUGACGUUUUAAUAGACUCUUUUGAAUUAUUUACAAUCAUAGCAAAACAAGACAUUCCUCAAAAGGAAUUUUUUACACAUAGUGAUACACUUACUUCCUUAUUCACAUUCCACCUAAUUCUCUUAUCUAUAUUCUCAAUAACAUUAUUCCCAGAAAAAAUUAAUAAAAUUACUGAUCAAGUAACAUCAUCAUUUAAAUAUCCUUAUAUAGUUGCUGUAGUCAAAAACAAACUCUAUUCCACUUUACUGAGUGUUAUUCAAGCACGUUUAAGUGUAAGAAAUCCAUUACUCUCUUUCUCCCCAACAGAAGACCCUUCAUUAACAUUAUUAUCUAAAGUAUUUACUUCUUUAUCUUGUUUCAUUCUAAAACUACCAGAGUGUACAUCUGCAUAUUCAGAUGAGAUUUUACUGCAUAUCACAACAUUAUCAUCAAUAGAUUUAUCUGGUUCUAUUGCUUGUAUGACACAAAUCUUAUUAUAUUCACAUACAAUAUCUCCAAAUCCUCUCUUGGAUAAUGCAAGAUCACCAAUUCGUUCAGUCUUAAUGAAAGAAAUGAACUACAGAGAUUAUGUUAAUAUCCCAAAAGUUGAACCUCGUAAAAUAACUGAACAAACAUUGAAAGAUAUUGUUUCUCAUUCUCAUUCUAUCUUCUCACAAAUACAGAAUGCAGGGUGUUCUUCUAUUGAUUGGUAUAUAUCCACUAGUUAUUUAGCAUUGUAUUACAACAUCUUCCUUUCUAAAUCCAUUAGGUCUCCAAAAAAUAGUAUAUCAAUUAUCUAUAAUACUAUUGCCCCAAAAGAAGUGUUAACUUCAGAAUGGAUCACAUUUAAGAAUUUGGUUCAACAACAUAAUCUAUUAAAUGAUUUUGUCUUAUCUAAAAUAGAUGGUACCCCAACAUUGUCAACAAUCUUUCCACUUUUUUCAAAUAUCUUUACUGAAAAUCCUCAUAUAACAAAGGUAUCAAAAAAACUUUUCUCUGAAGCUGUGGAACAAGAAAAUACAUUUAACCAACAGUUAGAUAAAAUAAUUAUUGGAAAUGAUUCAGGUGCAGUUCAAACAAUUAGAAUGUAUGAAGGAUAUAUUGAAUUAUUAAAACAAGAAGAAAAAGAAAUACUAGAAAGAUUUACUCAUUUAUUUGAUAUGCAACAGAUUCAGUUAUGUUUAAAUGGUACAACAGAUGGUAAAGAAAUAGUUGAAAGAAUGUGUAUUUUUGUUCAAGGAUUUAUAGCUGAGGGAUGUAAACAAACAAUCAUAAAAGAGAUGAAUCAAAAUAUUGUUAUGUUAUGGAGACUAUUAAAAAGAGAAAGUACUAUAAGAAACAAAUUAGUAGAAGGAUUAAAUAAAACACUUAUUAUUAAUAGUGAAGGUGUAAAUGCUUGGAAAGUUAGAAUGUAUGCUGUAAUUGCUUUACUUCGUUCAUUGACUCUUAGAAUGUUAAUUUUUAUUGGCAAUGAAGAUGCAAUUAAAAGUCUUAUUGACUCUGCAGUUAUUGGAAUAUGUAAUAUCCAUUUUGUCUUGUCUCCACAAAACGAAGUUAACUUAACAAUACUGAAUUCUAUUUAUUCCAUUAUGAAAGAAAUUAAAGAGGUGUUAGAAAUUCCAGCUCAGCCAUCUCUAUUUAAGCAAGUGUCUCAAACUAAUAUUUCAAUGCUAUUUUUCAACAGUUUAAAUGCAAAGGCUCAAUCUUUCUCAAACAAUAAUAUAAUCGAAAAAUUGUAUUUCACUUCUUUUCUUGGAAAAGAAAUAUCACUAGAAUUAGCAAAAGAUAUAUUUACUUCUAUCCCAUUAUGCUCUCUUCAAACAUUCUUCCCACCUAUGUUACCAUUCUUAUUUAGAUCAUUAACACAACCAAAACAACCAUUACCAAAAAAAUAUCUUAAUAUUAUGCAUCUGCUUCCUCAAACAUUUAGAGUGAAUUAUCUUUCUAGUCAUAUUAAUGAAAUUCAUUCAAUUCCCCAACUCUUCUUUAAUAAUUUACCUCUAUUUUCAGUUCAGACAUUAGAAAAAGUUGCUCUUGAAAUCACAACUACAUCAAGCCUCUAUUUUAAAUUUAUUGACCAAUUCCCUGAUGCACCAAUUUGUGAGUUUGGAGAAGUUUUUGAUUACCUAUGUGUUAAAUUCAUAAAAGAACAACAACCAUCACAAUUUACUCAAACCCUUGAAAUGAAUAAUUGUACCUUAGAGAAUUUGAUCAAUCUUUCAAAAAUUGUAUCGGAACAAAUACCAUACCUGUCUGGUUUAACUGAACUUAACAAUGAAAAUUUAAUUAAAGUUGGUAUGGGUGUAUUGAGUAAAAUGUGUAAUAAAACAACUAGAAUGUUGAUUGAUGGAUUAAACAUUUCAUCAAUGUGUUUAACAAUGAGAUUCUUUAUUAUGUUAAGAAUAUAUUUGUCUAAAUAUAUAAAAGAAUUACCUAUAUUUGACACUGAAGGAAAUGUUCUUAGACUUGAACCUCAACAAGAAUUUAGUGAUAAAUUGCUGAUGAGUGAUUUUUGGGAUUGUUGUGAAGUAAAUUCAUUAGAGUCUGCUUUAAGAAUUACAAUUUGUCUCCUUUCCCAAUUAGACUAUCAAGUAACUAAAACAACUACAUUGGAUCAUGCCGUAGAUAAUUAUGUAGCUCCUCAACACUCAUUUGAAUAA